AACAAACAAAACUUUUGUCGAAAUCGAGAGUUCAAAACUCUCUCCCACAUGUUGGAGAUCUAUCCUCACUAUAUUCCAUCUUCGAUCAACUCUUUUCACAUGUUUGGAACAAUGGAAGACUUCAAUGAAGAAGAAGAAGAAGAGUUCAGAUUUGUACAAAGUGUAUCCGUAGAUCCAAGAAGAUCAAGAAAGGCGAAGAAAAGAAAACUCGAAUCUCAAGUCGUCUCUAUUCUGAACCAUUUGUUUGUAAAUACUCAAUACUUGUACCCACAUACUGGUCGAGACUGUUCGAUCGACACGAAUUCAUCAGAUACAUCAUGUAGCUUAAAUUUUGCGAAAAUUGGAAAGUUUACAUCAAGAUCUCCUCCACCUCCUUUGAUCAAAUCUGGAGCUGGAUUAGAUAUUGGUCAUCUUGUCAAAUCCGCAUUAGCAGGAGGAAUCUCGUGCGCUUUCUCUGCCUUUCUAAUGCAUCCCGUCGACACUGUCAAGACACAAGUUCAAGCAUCAACAACACUGUCAUUUAUUGAAAUAAUGUCGAAGAUUCCAGAGAUUGGUGCUCGAGGUUUAUACAAAGGAUCUAUUCCCGCCGUUGUUGGUCAAUUCGCUAGCCAUGGUUUACGAACAAGUAUAUACGAAGCAAGUAGACUCGCUUUACCGCUCCUUGCUCCUGGUCUCCUCGACAUCCAAGUUCAGCCAAUCGCAUCGUUUCUUGGCACGGUCUUGGGUACAACGCUGCGGAUACCAUGCGAAGUCCUGAAACAACGGUUACAAGCCAAUCAGUUCGACAACAUCGUGGAAGCCACGCUUUCCACUUGGCGCCAAGACGGUCUCAAAGGACUCUUCCGCGGCACGGGCGUCACUCUUCUCCGCGAGGUUCCCUUCUACGUCGCCGGUAUGGGACUCUACACCCAGUCGAAGAAGCUGGUGGAGAGGCGACUAGGGAGAGCGCUCGAGCCGUGGGAGGCUAUCGCGGUUGGAGCCUUGUCCGGUGGUUUCACGGCUGUCAUGACGACGCCGUUCGAUGUGAUCAAAACUAGAAUGAUGACGGCUCCGCAAGGAGUGGAUUUGUCUAUGUGGAUGGCUGCGUAUUCGAUUGCGACGCGUGAGGGGUUUCUUGCUUUCUACAAAGGUGCUGUUCCGAGGUUCUUCUGGACUGCUCCUCUUGGUGCGUUGAACUUGGCGGGAUACGAACUUCUUCAAAAGGCUUUCGUCACAGUACCUCUUGACCAAUCAGUGCAUAGCGAUUGACGUUAGUAUUCACUAUUCACUCUUGAAAUCAGAGCUCUGUCUAUCCUUUUUUUUUCUUGUGAAUUAUUUCCAAAUUGUUUACAAAUCUAAAAUUUCUUUUGCCAAUCUUGUAACUACAGAGAGACCGUUUGUUACAUUAAGCCUAGGACCAUGAUAAUUAUUUGGAUAGUA